AUGGUUCCAGGCAGGCCGCCCUCGUCUGCAGAAGGAUCCACGCUAAGAAAGCCUGCGGCAGAGGAAGGCUUCGGGGCGAAGCAACAAAUCCAAGAGCGCCUAUCAUGGCGGCUAUCAAUGGCCGGCACUGGCUCUUCGCCGAAAGCUGAGGCUCGACUCCAACGAUGGAACUACUAUCGCUUGCUGCUUCUCGCGAUCACCGGGGUUAUUGCCGCCCCUACUGAUCCAGGACCGACUCCAAUCACAACGUCCGUUAUUGUGGUAUCAGCAAGCCCGUCCUCGGUGACCUUUAAGGCUUCUCAAGUAUCUGAUGCCAGUCGAUACACUCAAACAGCGCCAUCUACAAUUUCUUCUGAUGGCCACACCCUAACAAUAUUUAAUGACGGCUUUCUGUGGGUUCCAGAGCCAAGCAUCGAAUCUCCACCAUCAGUGCCAGCUCACAUUACCCCGGAAAUACUGUCUAGUGGACCAACGAUAGUAGUAACAGGCUCAGCUGGCACGCCCCCUCCCGUUGUUACUUACAGCGCUUCACAAAAUACCCUGCUUAGCAGUCUUACCGCCAAAACAACUUCGGACGGAACAAUCAUAUUUCCCUUUGGCUGGCUUUGGGUACCUAUACCUCCAGCAGGGGGACCGUUACCAACGCCACUUCCGAGUCCACCCCCAGAAGCGACUCCGUCAGAAGCUAAGGAGUCGACUGAGACCAGCGACAGCUCUUGUGCAUCCACGGAAACCCCGACUGUCACCGUUGUUAUCUCAUAUCCAACAAGGUCUGAUGGCACCUUUCAGACUUCGAGCGGGACGCAGAGUCCAAGUGACACAGGUGAGUGUGUAGCUUCACCGGUUACCACUUCAAUCACUGCGGCUUUCAAGCUUCCGACCGUUUUCAUGUACACUGGCUCUGGUGCUGAUAGCGGGCCACUGCCGAAAUCUACUUACUCAAUCGACAUGAUUGUUCAAAGAUAUCUUGACGAGGGUUUCAACAGUCUAGGAAUUGGUACUGCCGACUAUGCUGCAUCGAGCACUCCUGCAGUGGCAACGUGCGCCGACAACACCUACAACAGCGCAGUGCCGAGCGCUGCAGCAUUCAUCAAUGGCCUGAUGCCCAGCUUCUGCAGCGAUUGGGCAGCGAAGCCGACUGAUGCACUGUCAAAAGAGCUCUCAGCAAAAGACCUUAAAUCCAGAUCGAGACGCACUGCAGCGAUAGAGAAGCGCACUCCGCCUCCUGGACCACUCAAUUCGGACUCGUUUCCAAGUUGGACUGUUGAUUUCGACUGGAAACCAAAGGAAGUAGCGGGAGAAUGUUCGAGAGUGGAUUACUGUAACAAAUCUAUCUCAGCGCUUGUUUCUCACUGCCAGGGAUUCUCGCUCGCGGAUGCAUACAAAGGCGGGGGCACAGAAGAUGACUGUGGAACGUUUUCGUACAACCUGAAAGGCUACGAGAGUGCCACCACAUCCUCGACGAGUGUGACAUGCGACCUGCCUACAGUCAACAACAUCUCUUCAAUCUUCGUCCCACAAGUCCAUCCACAGAGCGCUUACGAAGCAGCUGCCCACCAAUUCUGCUACGGAGGCUACAACUGGGACGCCGAUCCCCACAACACCGAAAGCUGGACAGCCACAAACUACUUCUGGUUCGACACAACGCACAUCGACCCAGCGACAAACUUGCCAGCAUAUUGCAUUGGCGCCGCAUAUGGAUCCAACUCACAGAUUUCCCCAGCAAGCGCAGCGCUUUGCAAGCACUCCGGGCCCGGCACAGGCCUCCAACACUCGGACAGCAAGAUUUGGGUACAGGUCGUUCCAAGUCCAGUGCAAGGUGGGUGCUCGCCGAUUGACAAGUACAAAUUACCAGACGGUGAUCAGUGCUACAAGAACUUGAUGAACGUCAUCUCGACAUGUAUGGCCGAGAAUGGUGGAGGCAAAGUCGGCGUAUGGAAGGAGUCGACAUCCAGUGGGUGCUGGGACUGGUGGAUGUGGGGUCGAGUACUUACUUGA